GCGGGAUCGAGUCAGACCCACAAUCGCCGGGCCAGGAAACUACAAUUCCCAGGUCGUUCCGGAGAAGGGCCCCUGUACUACGGGAAGUGGCAGGCAGAGGCUAGCAGGAGGCAACUCGGAGGAUCUGGGUGCAAAAAGCCUAGAAUUAGGAGCUGCAGGCAUGCUGCGUCCCAAGGCUUUGACCCAGGUGCUAAGCCAAGCCAACACUGGAGGUGUCCAGAGUACCCUGCUGCUGAAUAACGAGGGAUCGCUGCUGGCCUACUCGGGUUACGGGGACACGGACGCCCGGGUGACCGCGGCCAUCGCCAGUAACAUCUGGGCCGCCUACGACCGGAACGGGAACCAAGCGUUUAAUGAAGACAAUCUCAAAUUCAUCCUCAUGGACUGCAUGGAGGGCCGUGUAGCCAUCACCCGAGUGGCCAACCUUCUGUUGUGUAUGUAUGCCAAGGAGACUGUGGGCUUCGGAAUGCUCAAGGCCAAGGUAUGUAUGUGCCUAUCCUUCCACAGCCCUGGGCCUGGCCUUCGUGCUCUGUCAUUGUUCACUCCCACCCACACCACCUUUCUGAAGUCCUCAUAUUUGUUCAGUCCUUGUCUGGUGUGGGCUAACUCCCAAGAGCAGGUGGGGGCUGGGGACUGGUUGCUCAAUUUGGACUGGAAGUCCACCUGGAUUUGGGAUCCCUUUAGUGGCAGGCCAUGUGUGGGACUGAUUUCUUCCCCUACUCUUGCAGGCCCAGGCCUUGGUGCAGUACCUGGAGGAGCCCCUCACCCAAGUAGCAGCAUCCUAAUGCUCAUGGGUGGAAGCUGGGGUCAGAAAAGAAAGAUGACCAUUUGGAGGGGCAGGGCCUCUGGGAAAACCUUCCUGAACUGUGGGGGGAGGGUGAGACUUUGUUUUUUCCAAGAAUAAACUUCAACUAUUGUCUUGUG